AAGGGCCAAUGCCCGUCCUCCGGGGUCGCCGGUGCAGCGCCGCUUCCGGUCACGUGACACGGCGAUGGUCACGCGGCCACCGCUCACCUGACCAGGGCCUCACGUGGCCCAGCCCGCUGGGACCGAGGUGACCGGCGGGCCAUGGCAGGCUCCAGGCUUUGGUUUUCGCUGCUGCUGGCGGCAGCGUUGGCGGAGCCGACGAGGACCCUAUGGCCCUGGCCCCAGUACAUCCAGACCUCCGACCGGCGCUACGUCCUCUAUCCGAACAACUUCCAAUUCCAGUACCACGCCAGUUCGGCCGCGCAGCCCGGCUGCUCCGUCCUCGACGAGGCCUUCCAACGCUACCGUGACCUGCUCUUCGGUUCCGGGUCUUGGCCCCGUCCUAACCUCACAGGAAAACGACAUACGCUGGAGAAGAAUAUAUUGGUUGUCUCUGUAGUCAAAUCUGGAUGUAACCAGUUUCCUGCUUUGGAGUCAGUGGAGAAUUAUACCCUGACCAUAAAUGAUGAUGAAUGCUUACUCCUCUCUGAGACGAUCUGGGGAGCUCUCCGAGGUCUGGAGACUUUUAGCCAGCUUGUCUGGAAAUCUGCUGAGGGCACGUUCUUCAUAAACAAGACUGAGAUCGAAGACUUUCCCCGCUUCCCUCAUCGGGGCCUGCUGUUGGAUACAUCUCGCCAUUACCUACCACUGUCUACCAUCCUGGACACUCUGGAUGUCAUGGCGUUUAACAAAUUGAAUGUGUUCCACUGGCAUCUGGUGGAUGACUCUUCCUUCCCAUACGAGAGCUUCACUUUUCCAGAGCUCACCAGAAAGGGGUCCUACAACCCUGUCACCCACAUCUACACAGCGCAGGAUGUGAAGGAGGUGAUUGAAUACGCGCGGCUUAGGGGCAUCCGUGUGCUGGCAGAGUUUGACACCCCUGGCCACACUUUGUCUUGGGGACCAGGGAUCCCUGGAUUAUUGACUCCCUGCUACUCUGGGUCUCAGCCCUCUGGCACCUUUGGCCCCGUGAAUCCCAGUCUCAACAAUACCUAUGAGUUCAUGAGCACAUUCUUCUUGGAGGUCAGCUCUGUCUUCCCGGAUUUUUAUCUUCACCUUGGAGGAGAUGAGGUUGAUUUCACCUGCUGGAAGUCCAACCCAGAUAUCCAGAAAUUUAUGAAGAAGAAAGGCUUUGGUGAAGACUUCAAGCAGCUGGAGUCCUACUACAUCCAGACGCUGCUGAACAUCGUCUCCUCUUAUGGCAAGGGCUACGUGGUGUGGCAGGAGGUGUUUGAUAAUAAAGUAAAGGUUCAGCCAGACACAAUCAUACAGGUGUGGCGAGAAGAGGUGCCAGUAAGCUAUACGAAGGAGCUGGAACUGAUCACUGAGUCCGGCUUCCGGGCCCUGCUCUCUGCCCCCUGGUACCUGAACCGUAUAUCUUAUGGCCCUGAUUGGAAGGAGUUCUACCUAGUGGAACCCCUGGACUUUGAAGGUACCCCUCAGCAGAAGACUCUGGUGAUUGGGGGAGAGGCCUGCAUGUGGGGAGAGUAUGUGGACGGCACAAACCUGGUCCCUAGGCUAUGGCCCAGAGGAGGGGCUAUUGCUGAGAGGCUAUGGAGCAACAAGCUGGUAGUUGACCUGAAAUUUGCCCAUAAACGUCUGUCGCGCUUUCGCUGUGAGUUGCUGAGGCGAGGUGUCCAGGCCCAGCCCCUCAAUGUAGGCUACUGUGAGCAGGAGUUUGAACAGAACUGAGCCAGCUGCCCCAGGCACCGAGGAGGGUGCUGGCCCUGGGAGAGGUGGGGGGCCAGGCUUUCACUGCAUCCCGGCCAGGGGACGGAGCCCCUUGCCCAUGUGCCCCUGUACCUGGGGACAAGGGGGCUGGUGCUGGCGCUGGUGUCCAAUAAAGAGUGAUAUGGCAUUUUUUAUAAUAAAUAUGGACUACCUGUGU